AUGUGGGCCGUGUUGGCGCUGUUCCUGGCCGUUCUGGCCAGGCCUGCCGCGGCCACCUCGUUUGAGACAGCCACGGUCGAUGGCGUUUUCAACAUUACGUCGGAGUGGGAGGGCGGCUUUUGCGGCUCGCUUAUGACGCGCAACCCGGGCGGCAACCCCAGCAGCAGCUGGGCUGGCCUGUUCACCUUCUCCGGCGGCGUGCUCACGACGGGCCCCAACGGGAAUGGCGUGUCUGAGCAGCUGGGCCCCACCCAGUGGACCUUCCUCCCCAACGACCCCGCCCAGGCAUGUGUUAUGGCCAUCUUCCCGCAGUCCACUGUGAUGGUGACCUUCUGCUGCGACACCAUGGACCCCACCCAGGUCAAGGCUACCUUCCGUGUCAUUUAUUCGUACGACUUCCGCGGCCCCUCCCCGCCCUCGCCGCUGAUGCCGCCCCCCAAGCCCUCAUCGCCGCCCGCGGCACUCACAGUGGCGCCAGCCCCCGCUCCCGCAGCCGAGGAGGCUGUGCCAGCAGCUGCAGCCCCGGCUCCCAGCAGUUUUGUUGUCCAGGAGGACAGCGUAGCAACUGAGCAGGUGGCCAUGACCAGCACAACCCAGGAGCAGCCUGCGGCAACGGUGGAGGCCGACCCUGGCGCCCCGACAAACGGCGCUGGUGCCACCCGGAGGCGGCUGCGCGAGGAGAACAGGCAGCGGAGCUUGGAGGCGCUGAACCAGGCGCAAGCGCGCAGCGCGCCAGCUGCUUCCCUGAACACUCUAGAUUCAAAUGCGGCAUCAGGCGGCGGCGGCGGCAGCACGUCGGCUGCCUGCGGCGCGGAGCCGCUGAGCGUGGAGGAGGAGGGGGAGCUGCUGAAGUACUACAGCUCCCGCCUGCAGCACAUCUGCCGCGAGCUGCGCCUGCCGCGCCGCGUGCCGGGCGCCGCGGUCGCCUACCUCAAGCGCAUCUACCUGGCGCACAGCUGCCUGGAGCAGGACCCGCAGCAGCUGCUGCUCACCUGCCUGUACCUGGCCUGCAAGGCGAAGGAGCAUUACAUCUCGGCUGCUGAGCUGGGCCGCCUGACGGGCGCCCCCGCCGAGGUCAUCCUGCGGACAGAGCUGACCGCGCUGCAGGCGUUGAAGUUUGAUCUGAUCACCUACUCUCCCUACAAGGCGAUAGAGGGAUUCAUAGAGGACAUCAAGGAUGCGGCGGCGGCAGCAGCAGAAGGCGGCGGCGAUGGUGACGCGGUGGCGGCGGCGGCGGGGCUGGAUGCAGGCAUGGCGGGCCUGUCAGAGGAGCAGGUGUCCAAGGCCAAGCAGGCGGCGAUGAGUGCGGCAGAUGCGCUGAUGAUGAGCGAUGCGCCACUGCUGCACACGCCCGGGCGCCUGGCGCUGGCGGCGCUGCGCAGUGGGUUCAGCAAGCUGGGCAUCAAGCUGCAGCGCUAUGUGCAGCGGGUAGCGCAGCGCAGCAGCGGCGGCGGAGAAGGUGGCGACGCCCCUCAGCAGCAGCUGCAGCAGCUGCAGGCGGCGCUAGCAGAGCUGGACCAGCUUGGGGCCCAGGGCGCCAAGGCGGUGGAUCAGGCUCGCGUGGUGGCGCUGAACCAGCGGCUCAAGUCCUGCCGCAUGCUGCUGAUGGAGGGGUCUGGGCAGGCGGGAGCCAAAGCCAAGGCCAAGGCCGGCAAGCAGGCGCACAAGGCAGCCAAGGUGGCAGAGCAGCGCGGUGCAGCAGGGGCGACGCUCGACGUACAGGCCAUGCCUGCCUCCGACGGCGGCGGAGAGCAGCCGGCCGCCAAGCGGUGGAAGCAGGCCGACUGA